UAUUUCAAUGUGCUCACAGAAAGGAACAUCCAACAUUUUGUUGUGGAAACGCCACAUCACACUUAUUACACGACAGUAUUGAGGCAUUCAUUUGUGUCUUUCAUAGAAGAAAACUAUAAAGUUAUAGGAUAUCUCGGGGAUAAACCAGCAAAUAUUAAAACAAGAAGAUGGAGCAACCACCUCGUUACCUCAAUGAGAAAAGUAAUCCCACUCCACACCCAGUACAACAACAAUCCGCACAAAAUCAGGAUUAUCCACCUCCAGACUACACACCUCAAGGUUACACACUUCCAGACUACACACCUCAAGGUUACACACUUCCAGAUAACACACCUCAAGGUUACACACUUCCAGACUACACACCUCAAGGUUACACACUUCCAGACUACACACCUCAAGGUUACACACUUCCAGACUACACACCUCAAGAUUACACACUUCCAGACUACACACCUCAAGGUUACACACAAAAAAAUUACUCUCUUCAAACAGUUGCGGAAAACCAACCUCAACCUGCAGCAGAGACGAAUCCUGUUAUCAAUGAUCACAUGACACUGUCUAUUGUUUCAUUUCUGUGUUGUUGUUGGCCAAUUGGUAUUUUUGCCAUCAUCAAGUCACGUGAGGCAAGAAAUCGCUCCGUUGCUGGUGACUAUGAAGGCGCAAUAGCGUCAGCAUACAUUGCAAAAAACCUGGCCGUGAUUGCUAUUGUUUGUUCAAUAGUUUGUUUUCCACUUCUCAUACUAUUUUUAUCUAAGUAAACAUGUAAAUAUACCACUGCUACUUUUGCGAUCACAUAUAAGUUUUAUUUAUUUCUUAUUACUAGUUGCUUUACGAUUAAAGAUGUGUUUGAGGGAGAA